AUGUUUAACUGCAGGACUCCGGUGGAAGCCCUGAAGCUGGAUGACUCCCAGAUGGAAGCCAUGCAGUUCGCUCUCACAAGGGAACUGGCUAUUAUUCAAGGACCUCCUGGAACAGGCAAAACCUAUGUAGGUCUAAAAAUUGUUCAAGCCCUCCUAACCAAUGAGUCUGUUUGGCAAAUUAGUCUCCAGAAGUUCCCCAUCUUGGUUGUAUGUUAUACUAAUCAUGCUUUGAACCAGUUUCUGGAAGGCAUCUACAAGUGUCAAAAGAUCAGCAUUGUGCGGGUGGGUGGAAGGAGCAACAGUGAAAUCCUGAAGCAGUUCACCUUGAGGGAACUGAGGAACAAGCGGAAAUUCUGCCGCAACCUCCCCAUGCACCUCCGAAGAGCCUACAUGAGUAUCAUGACCGAGAUGAAGGAAUCAGAGCAAGAGCUCCACGAAGGUGCCCAGACCCUAGAGUGCACCAUGCGUGGUGUCCUCCGGGAACAGCACUUGGAGAAGUAUAUCUCCCCCCGGCACUGGGAAAACCUGAUGAGUGGGCCAAUGCAGGACAGUGAGUGGAUCUCUUUCCAGCAUUGGAAGCACUCCAACGAAUGGCUGGGUCUAGGUGAUGGUUCUUUCACUCAAAAUGUUGCCUCAGCUGGACCUGAAAACACAGCCCAGGCAGAAGGGGAAGAAGAGGAAGAAGGAGAAGAGGAGGGGUCGCUGAUUGAGAUCGCAGAGGAGGCUGACCUGAUUCAAGCAGACCGAGUGAUCGAGGAGGAAGUGGUGGUGAGGCCCCAGCGACAGAAGAAGGAAGAGAAUGGGGCAGACCAGGAGUUGGCUAAAAUGCUUUUGGCCAUGAGGCUAGACCACUAUGACUCUGGAACCACAGCUGGACAGGAGCAAGCUACAGGAGAGUGGAAAACCCAGCGUAACCAGAAGAAGAAAGUGAAGGUUGAACUUCGCAAACUGAACACCAUGACUGAGGCUGAGGCCAAUGAGAUCCAGGAUGUCUGGCAGCUGGACCUGAAUUCUAGCUGGCAGCUUUAUAGGCUGUGGCUACAGAUGUACCAGGCCAACACUCGCUGGAAGAUCCUUAGCUAUGAACGCCAGUACUGCACAUCAGCAGAGAGAAUGGCUGAGCUGAGACUCCAGGAAGACCUGCACAUCCUUAAAGAUGCCCAGGUUGUUGGCAUGACAACCACAGGUGCUGCGAAAUACCGCCAGAUCCUACAGAAGGUGGAGCCUCGCAUCGUCAUUGUGGAAGAGGCUGCUGAAGUCCUUGAGGCCCAUACCAUUGCUACAUUGAGCACAGCUUGCCAGCACCUCAUCCUGAUUGGGGACCACCAGCAGCUGUGCCCCAGUGCCAAUGUUUAUGAUCUGGCCAAGAACUUCAACCUUGAGGUGUCCCUUUUUGAACGGCUAGUGAAAGUAAACAUUCCCUUUGUCCGUCUGAAUUACCAGCACCGCAUGCGCCCUGAAAUUGCCCGCCUUUUGACCCCCCACAUCUAUCAGGAUCUGGAGAAUCAUCCCUCUGUUCUCAAGUAUGAGAAGAUUAAGGGGAUCUCUUCCAACCUUUUCUUUGUAGAACACAACUUGCCUGAACAGGAGAUCCAAGAAGGCUAAAGUCAUCAGAACCAGCAUGAGGCUUACUUUGUGGUAGAGCUGUGCAAGUACUUCCUGUGCCAGGAGUACCUGCCCUCCCAGAUCACCAUCCUUACCACCUACACCGGGCAGCUUUUCUGCCUGAGGAAGCUCAUGCCUGCCAAGACAUUUGCUGGCAUCAAGGUCCAUGUUGUGGACAAAUACCAAGGGAAAGAGAAUGACAUCCUCCUCCUCUCACUAGUGUGAAGCAACCAGGAGGGCAAGGUGGGUUUCCUCCAGAUAUCCAACCGCAUCUGCGUGGCCUUGUCCAGAGCCAAGAAAGGGAUGUACUGCAUUGGGAACAUGCAGAUGCUAGCCAAGGUCCCCUUGUGGAGCAAGAUCAUUCAUACCCUUCGAGAGAACAAUCAGAUAGGCCAAACGCUCCGACUGUGCUGUCAGAACCACUCUGAUACCCACACCUUAGUAUCCAAAGCUUCUGACUUUCAAAAAGUGCCCGAGGGAGGCUGCAGCCUGCCCUAUGAGUUUGGUCUAGGCUGUAGGCAUGUCUGCACCCGUACCUGCCACUCCUAUGAUUCCUUGCAUAAGGAGUUCUGGUGCAUGAAGCCAUGCCAAAAGGUCAUCUGCCAAGAUGGGCACCGGUGCCCCCUUGUUUGUUUCCAGGAGUGUCAGCCUUGUCAGGUGAAGGUACCCAAAACCAUUCCUCAGUGUGGCCAUGAACAGAUGGUCCCUUGUUCAAUGCCUGAGUCAGAUUUCUGCUGCCAGGAGCCCUGCCCUAAGGUCCUGAGAUGUGGCCACCGAUGUAGCCACCCAUGUGGUGAGUUCUGUGUGCAGUUGUGUUCAGAAAUGGUCACUGUGAAACUCAAAUGUGGGCACACGCAACAGGUGAAAUGUGGUCAUGUGGAAGACCUCAAGUACAUGCCAGUCAGGUGUACCAGCAAGUGUGAUACCACCCUUGACUGCGGGCACCCUUGCCCUGGCUCCUGCCACAGCUGUUUUGAAGGGCGCUUCCAUGAGCAUUGUCAGCAGCCCUGCAAGCGCCUGCUCAUCUGCUCACACAAGUACCAGGAGCCCUGCAUUGGCGAGUGCCCGCCCUGUCAGCGGACGUGUCAGAACCGUUGUGUCCAUAGCCAGUGCAAGAAGAAGUGUGGCGAGGUGUGCAGCCCCUGCGUGGAGCCCUGUGUCUGGCACUGCCAGCACUACCAGUGCACCAAACUCUGCUCUGAGCCCUGCAACCAACCCCCGUGCUAUGUGCCUUGUACUAAGCUACUGGCUUGUGGCCACCCUUGCAUUGGUCUGUAUGGAGAGCCAUGCCCCAAGAAGUGCCGUGUCUGCCACAUGGAUGAGGUCACACAAAUCCUCUUUGGCUCCGAGGAUGAGCCCGAUGCCCGCUUUGUGCAGCUAGAAGACUGCAGCCACAUCUUUGAGGUACAAGCCCUGGACCACUACAUGAACGAGCAGAAGGAUGAAGAAGUUGCCAUCAGGUUGAAGGUCUGCCCCAUCUGCCAGGUGCCCAUCCACAAAAACCUGAGGUACGGAACCAGCAUCAAACAGUGACUAGAGGAAAUCGAAGUCAUCAAGGAAAAGAUCCAGGGCUCAGCAGGGGAAAUUGCAACCAGCCAGGACCGACUGAGGGCCCUGCCGGAGAGCAAAAGCCUCCUCGACCAGCUUCCUGAAGAUUUCCUGAUGCUGAUGGAGAUGUUGGCCCAGAAAAAUCUGUCAGUCAGGGACCUGGGGCUUGUUGAGAAUUACAUCAACUUCUAUGACCACUUGGCCAACCUAUGAGAUUCUCUGAAAAAAUACGUCUUAGAACAGAGUAAAGUGAGGACUCAACUCGACCAAGUCCAUGGGUGGCUAGCCAAGAAGCAUUUGAGCUUUACCAGCCAGGAACUGAGUGACCUUCAGAGUGAAAUUCAGAGGCUCACAUACUUGGUGAACCUCCUGACCCGCUGCAAGAUGGCAGAAGGGAAGGUGAAAGGGAGUGUAGCACAAGAGGUCUACAGUAUCCGGAACAUCCUUGAGAACACCUGUAAGUUCACCCAGGAGGAGGAACAGCUUGUGCACAAAAAAAUGGAUGCUCUGAAAGCCACCAUUCCCUGCUCUGGCCUGGGCAUCUCAGAGAAAGAACGAGUGAAGAUUGUUAGUGCCAUGGGUUUCCCUCGUGGCCACUGGUUCAACCAGCUUGCUUCUGAGAUGGACGGAGCUCAGCACCCUGCCUGGUCUGACACGGCCAACAACCUGAUGAACUUUGAGGAGAUCCGGAGGAUGAUAUAG